GCUGCUCGGGGUCUGAGGACUUACCCAGCAUGCCCAAUCAAGGAGAAGAUUGCUAUUUUUUUUUCUAUUCUACAUGUACCAAAGGUGAUAGCUGCCCAUUCCGUCACUGUGAGGCCGCGCUAGGAAAUGAAACUGUUUGCACCUUAUGGCAAGAAGGGCGCUGUUUUCGACAAGUAUGCAGGUUUCGGCACAUGGAGAUUGAUAAAAAACGUAGUGAAAUUCCUUGUUAUUGGGAAAACCAGCCAUUGGGAUGUCAGAAACUAAACUGUGCUUUCCAUCACACCCGAGGACGUUAUGUUGACGGCCUUUUCCUACCUCCAAGCAAAACUGUUUUGCCCACUGUGCCUGAGUCUCCAGAAGAGGAAGUGAAGACUAGCCAGCUCACAUCUCAGCAGAGCAAACUGCCCGUCCAGUCCAACCCAUGCCCUCAGCUGCGGAGUGUUAUGAAAGUAGAAAGUUCCGAAAACGUUCCUAGCCCCACACAUCCCCCAGUUGUAAUCAAUGCUGCAGAUGAUGACGAAGAUGAUGAUGAUCAAUAUUCUGAGGAGGGUGAAGAAACCAAGACCCCCACCCUGCAGCCAAUUCCUGAAGUCCACAAUGGAUUACGGGUGGCUUCUACCCGGAAACCCGGGGCCAGUUUAAAGCAAGGUGAAUGUUUGAAUUUUGGCAUAAAAACUCUUGAGGAAAUUAAAUCAAAGAAAAUGAAAGAGAAAUCCAAGAAGCAAGGAGAAGGUUCUUCUGGAGUUUCCAGUGUUUUACUCCAACCUCAGCCCAUUCCAGGUCCUGAAAAAGAGAAUGUCCGGACCGUGGUGAGGACAGUGACUCUCUCCAGCAAACAAGGAGAAGAACCAUUGGUCAGACUGAGUCUUACGGAGAGACUAGGGAAACGCAAAUUCUCAGCAGGUGGUGACAGUGGCCCUCCCUUAAAGCGUAGCCUUGCUCAGAGGCUGGGAAAGAGAAUUGACGCUCCAGAAACAAAUGCUGACAAAGCACCAAAGAGAGUACAAGUACCCAAGUCUCUCAAGGAGCGGUUAGGCACAUUGGCUGGUCCAGACACUGAGGAUGUGGCCGAAAGAGUUAAUAAAGUUGGUGAAAUCCACGUGAAGACAUUAGAAGAAAUUCUUCUUGAAAGAGCCAAUCAGAAACGCGGAGAAUUGCAAACCAAACUCAAGUCGGAAGGAUCGUGCAGAGCUGAUGAUUCUGCUUCAGGAGCAAGGAGCUCCUCCACUAUUCGGAUUAAAACCUUCUCAGAGGUCCUGGCGGAAAAAAAACACCGGCAGCAGGAGACAGACAAACAGAAAAGCAGAAAGGAUACCGCUUGCAUCAAGUUGAAGACUGAUACUGAAAGUAAAAAAGCCGUGGUUCUGCCUCCCGGAGUGGCCAGCAGAGAACCGGCGGAGGAGCCUGCAGGUAGAGCCAAGUCGAUGCAGGAGGUGCACAUUAAGACGCUGGAGGAGAUUAAGCUGGAGAAGGCCCUGAGGGUGCAGCAGAGUACCAAGAGCAGUGCCAGCACCCAGCCACAACCCGAGGCCACCCCGGGAACCCGGCGGCUGCUGCGGAUCGCCAAGAGGACAGGUACGAAGGAAGAGAGGAAACUUCAGGAAGGAAGUGAAGUUGCUUCCCAAAGGAAUAUUAAUAGAACAGAGCCUAAGGAGGCUUCAGAUGAAGCCAUAGGAGUUGACAGCACUACAAUUCAAGACAAGAGAUGUGAACGCAACAAAGAAAAGCAUGCACAGGAGCAGCAGGAGAAGGGAGCGUCCCAGAGGGAGAAGUCUGUCUUGACGCAGAUUCAGGGAGUGGCCUCCGGCAACACACCAGGAGUGGAGCCACCGGAGCUCCCUUCUGUACCAGGUGAUCCUCAGCACCUGACCAAGCGACUUCCCACGAAAGUCCAGAAGAUGGAGGUGGAAGCCUUAGGGACCGGGGACUCAAUCCUGAAUGUGAAAUGUGCAGCACAGACCUUGGAAAAAAGGGGGAAAGUUAAACCCAAGGUGAACGUGAAGCCGUCUGUGGUUAAAAUUGCUUCUCCCUCCAAGUUGGCUCCAAAACGCAAGGCCUCGGAGAUGUACCCUGCUGUGGUGGCUGUGAAGCCCCUCAGCUCCAGCAGCGGCCUGGAGGAGAGCCCAGCCAAGAAAGCAGCAGUGGCUGUCGUCCCACUCCUCUCGGAGGAAAAGUCAGUCGCUGUGCCUGAGACAGAAAAGCCUGGAGACAGUCUUGCGCUGCCUCCAGCUCAGGCCUCCUCAGAGCCCCCACCCCCAGAAGGAUCUGGUCCCUCCUCGUCCCAAGGGGCCACAAAAACUCGCCGGCUCAGCUCUGCCUCAGCAGGGAAGCCCCCGCUGUCUGUGGAGGAUGAUUUUGAGAAACUAAUAUGGGAGAUUUCCGGAGGCAAAUUGGAGGCAGAGAUCGACCUGGACCCGGGGAAGGAUGAAGAUGACCUUCUUCUUGAGCUGUCAGAAAUGAUCGACAGCUGAAAGCGGCAGAGAACACUUUGCAAAAACUCACCAAUCAACUGGACUUCACCUUAUCUAUUACAACAUUUACCAGAAAUGAUUAUUUCUUUAGUCUAGAAUUUGCCCCAAAUCAGAAGUAUACCUCUGAAUUACCUGUAUGUGUCCUGGAUUCCUUGGGGUCAGAUUUUUAAAAGUCCCUCAAUAACUGUUUUGUCCACUUGAUGCCAUUGUCAGGCAUCUUUGAGAACAAGUUCUGCCCUACGCUACGCUCCGCAGCAGGAGACUGAGUGGGAGAUCCAUGCAGAAGGGUGCAGAGAAACCUAGAGACUCCUUGAGGUGUUCAUCAGCUCCGGCUGUUUGGCCCUUUGUUGUAUCCUUUCUUUGUGUAUCAUCGUGAUGUACUUGAUGUUACCUGAUUUUGACAUGGAUGAGGACAGCUGCUACUUUUAAGGACCAAAUCACAUGCCACCACUAAACAAACCCACACAGUCUGUGUUAAAGUGUGUCUUUUUAAAGGUGUUUGGAGAUUCCAGCAAGCUUUAAAGAGGGUGGAGCAACUCCAGACGCCCUGUGACAGAGACACAGCUCUGUGGGCCUGGUGCCGCCGCUGCCCUACGCCUCUGAAGAGCAAUAGCUAACCUAUUAUUAUUAUUAUUAUUACUAUUAUUAUUAUUACUGUAAUUUUUUAAGGCUUAAAAGUGCCUCGGGGGUCCCCUGAAACUAAUUUUCUAUUUCUGGGGUGCCCUGGAUUCUUUGUAAGGGACGGUGAUGUGUUAGAGGAACUAUUAGUGUGGACACUGUCCCUUCCCUUUAAUACUUGCCUCUUCCUGGCACUGAAUUGUCACAGGGACAACAAUUGGUUAACUUUUUUUUUUAUUUCUAACUUUCCCAGCAAACUCUUCUUGCCCAGUAUUUAUUUGGUGCCCUUUAACCAGCUGAGAGAAAGAAAGCAGUGAGCGUCCCCAAGCUGCCCGUACUUGUGGAUCGUGGCGGUGCGCGGGGCUGUGCUCCAGCAGGGAUGACGAGACGCUCCGCGGGUGUAUUGGAUGCCUGCCAGUUCCUUCGUGUCUGGAGUGGAUUUUCUUUUCUUGCUGUUCGUCUCCUUCAUUUCACCUCAAGGUUUAGACUUGUGAAUGAACAUGUGUGAUGGGAAUAAUAGUCUGGAAGGAAACAUAUUGUAUAUAAUUGGAAGGAGGAGGAAGAGGACGUGUCCAUUUUGCUGUUUUGCUCUAGGUGGCCAGUUUGGUUUCUCAGAGGGAAAUCUGACCCACCUGUCGUGUUGGCUCCUAAGGAACUGCUGUUGUAAGCGGCUCAUCGAGAGUUGAACUUCCUAUGGCCAUGUUGGAAAUUUGGUAAAGGAAGAAAGCCACAGGACUGCCCAUUCAGUCUUGGGCAGAGCUGGAUGAUUCGGCACAAGGAAAAGUGACUUGAAACUUGUGUAUAGAAACACCUCUGCCAGUCCAUCCUCAGCUUACUGAAUGUUGUAUGAUAGCCCUUCUCCAAAGCAGAGGUGGAAUGUUCUGGUUUCACCGCCACUUGUUUGCUCAUUUGAUUUUGGAAUCAGCUUAUAGAUUCCAUGUUCUUUUUUUUUUUUUUUGUAUAUAACCUCUUUACAUUAAAAAAAUAAUUUUGUUUCAUAUUUAAAGUCCUUGUAUUCAUCAACAAUUCAUGUUAUGCAUUAUUUGAACUAUUUGCCAUUACAGAUCCUAUGUGUUUUGAAUAAAACUGGUGUAGGAAA